ACUCUGAAUACAAUAUGUAUUUAUUUAUUCUCCCAUAAGUGUUCAUCAUGUCUGUGUGUGAGAAAUCAAUUGCUUGCAUUUGCAUGUUUUGGUAUGAAAUUAAUUGAUUGUGAAUUAUUUGUACUCAAGAAACAAUAUUAUUAACAUUUGUGGAGCAGCAUUAUGUAACCAUCCAUCCAUUUUCUGUACUGCUUGUUUCCAUGGGGGUCACGGGCGUGCUGGAGCCUAUGCCAGCAGUCAUCAGGCAUUAUAUAACCAUAUUUGUAGAAUUCCUUGCAAAGGUUAAAUUCCCAGGUUUGUAAUCCUUAGAUUUACAUAACCACUUCACCUCAAUAUAUAAACAUUUAAUGGCUCUGACUCGUAAAAUGUAUAGCCACAAUUCCAAUGUCCACAUUGAAGCAGAUGUAGGUUAUGUGUGGUGAUUAGAGCUCUAUCCUCUCUUGACCUUUUGGGAAUUCUUAGUUCCCUGUCAGCGUCGUCAUCAAUGGUCAACCUUUAGUAAUGGAUGAUAAUAUCUGUAAAUUAUGACAUUUUGAUUGACUUCGAUACCACUUUACAAACACUCCAUUCAGUUACAAAGGUCACUGAAAGACUCCUCAAUGGUCAGGCUCCUCCAUGGUUACAUCAUAGUGAGUUAGUGCCAUUUUUUGUUUUAUUAUUUUUAUUUUUCUGUGGGAUCAUUGUGGUCUGCUGAUAUAUAUGUAUGUCCGUCGGCCUCUAAUUGUGGAAUUUACUUCAUUUUGAGAUAAGAGCUGACUCAAUGUCGACCCAUUCUAAGUGACCCAAGACUGAUAUGAAAUAAAACAAUUAUAUUGGGAUAAUAAAGUGUCCACUUGGAGGCCCCGCCUCCUCCCACCAUUCAAGUUGCAAUCAGCUGUUAAGAGUCUGAAGGCGAUCAGCCGCCUCACACAACCUGUUGAGGAGCCGCUAAAGACGUUCGUUCACUUAAGACGCAGACAUGGAGAAAGAUGCUCGACCCAAAUGGGACAGUCCUUUGCAGUUCGUGUUGGCCUGUGUUUCUUAUGCGGUCGGACUGGGGAACGUAUGGCGAUUCCCAUACCUGUGCCAGAUGCACGGCGGAGGUGGUUUCUUGAUUCCAUAUCUUGUGAUGCUGUUUAUUGAGGGUGUGCCUUUAUUCUAUAUGGAGCUUGCCAUUGGUCAGAAGAUGCGCUUGGGAAGCAUCGGGGCCUGGUCGGCCAUUAACCCGUAUUUGGGAGGAGUGGGUCUUGCGAGUGUUGUAGCAUCCGUGUAUCUUUGCCUCUACUACAACAUUAUCAAUGCAUGGAGCUUCUGGUACCUCUUUCACUCAUUUCAAUCUGUCCUGCCCUGGUCAGACUGUCCCGUUAAUUCCAACCAGACCGGACUUGUAGAAGAGUGCCAAAAGGCUUCGUCGACCCAAUACUUCUUUUUUAGAGAAACACUGAACACGUCUUCUUCGAUUGAAGAGAAUGGAGGCAUCCACACAGGUCAGGCUUUGUGUCUCCUGCUGGCCUGGGUGAUCACCUACCUCUUUAUUAUCCAUGGAGUAAAAUCAUCUGGGAAGGUGGUUUACUUCACUGCCACAUUUCCUUAUGUGGUCCUCAUGAUUUACCUCAUCCGGGGUUUGACUCUUCCUGGUGCCAUCUAUGGUAUCAAGUACAUGUUCACGCCUAAGAUGGAAGAACUGGCCAAUCCCACUGCAUGGAUAAAUGCUGCUACUCAGAUUUUUUUUUCUCUGGGUUUGGGAUUUGGGUCGCUCAUAGCGUUUUCCAGCUACAAUCAAUACAACAACAACUUUGAGAAACAGGCCUUCAUCGUCUCACUCAUCAACAGUGGAACUUCAAUCUUUGCUUCCAUUGUCACCUUUUCCAUUUAUGGCUUUAAAGCCACAGUUAACUAUGAGAACUGCCUGGAGAGGACACGCAUUUUGCUGCUAAAUACUUUUGAUUUGGCGGAGGACACUAUCAACAUAAACAAUGUGUUUGACUGGAUUAAGACACUCAAUGCAACAUACCCGGAGCAGUUUGCUGAACUUGGCAAUAAACUGGAAGCCUGUGACCUAAAUGAUGAACUAGACACGGCAGUGGAAGGGGUUGGUCUCGCUUUCAUUCUGUACAGUGAAGCCAUUCAAAACAUGCCCCUGCCUCAGUUGUGGUCAGUGUUGUACUUCUUCAUGCUUCUGCUUCUGGGAUUGGGCAGCAUGCUGGGCAACUUGACUGCCAUUACCACCCCACUACGAGACUUUAAGAUACUGUCCAAAGUUAGCAAUGAGGUGUUAAACGGGACAUUGUGUCUAAUCCUGAUGCUUCUCGGCCUGGCCUUUACCACCCCAUCUGGAAAUUAUUGGUUUACCAUAUUUAAUGAAUACGGAGCAUCUUUCUCUCUGCUUUUUGUUGUCCUCGUUGAGAUUCUGACUGUCAGUUACCUUUAUGGACUCAAAAGGUUUGAAAAAGAUAUUGAAGACAUGCUUGGCCACCGUCCAAACUGGUACUUGAAGAUCAUGUGGGGCAUAGUCAGCCCUCUUCUCCUAAUAUGCCUAUUUGUCUUCUAUAUUGUCAACUAUAUCCGAGGAGGAACACCUACUUACCAAGCAUGGAACAAGGAGCUGGGAAAGACUGUGGUGACCGACUAUCCGGUUUUUGGUCAAGUCUUCAUUGCCAUACUGUUGGCAUCUGCCGUCAGCUGUGUUCCCCUCACGGCUCUCUAUGUGUACUGCACGAACAGGAAACAAUCAAAUUCUAUCAAGAAUAGACAAUCGGUCAACACGAUAUCUACUUAGAGCACCUAAGUGUAGAUGAUAAGUGCACCUUUUCAAUUUUGUUGAUGUGGUCCAAUUUUACGACCGUUUUUUUUCUUUCUUUCUUAAGGCACUUUACACAGGUCACAGCGGGUAUAAAACCACACUCCUCACCGCUGUGUGAGCAAGGAGUAAUUCCUUUUUAGAAGAAACAUCCAGUAGGCUUGCUAAUAUUACUCCCAGUCGAAAUAAGGAUGUAGUCGUCGCAGUGUUGUUUACAAGCAGGAAUAGCAAGGAGAAAUAGGAA